AUGGGUGCUCUACUCUCUAUUCCACUGCUGGCAGUACCCAGCUUGGGAACGGUGGUAGGAUUCAUGGCAAGCUGUUGCGGUGCAGCUACAUGCUCUGCAGUCUGUAGCGCAUGUGGGAAAUGCGGCAACAGCGUUGCCACCCGAAUCGCAUACGCCCUCCUCCUCCUAAUAAACUCGAUCCUAUCAUGGAUAAUGCUGACGCCAUGGGCGAUCAACAAACUCCAAAAUUUGACGUUGGAUUACAUGGAGAUCGUCUGUCCGAACGGUCCUUGUUACGGCUGGGUUGCCGUCCACCGAAUCAACUUCGCUCUGGGAAUCUUUCAUAUGAUAAUGGGUUUUAUCCUACUGGGCGUGAACUCUUCCAAGAAUCCUCGCGCAGCGAUACAGAACGGCUUUUGGGGUCCCAAGAUUAUUGCCUGGCUCGCCCUGAUUGUGGUCUCGUUCCUCGUACCCGACUCCUUCUUCUUUGUAUGGGGCAACUACAUCUCCUUCGCAGGAGCUACGGCCUUUCUACUUCUCGGCCUCAUUCUGCUGGUCGAUCUCGCACACUCUUGGGCCGAAUACUGCUUGGAACAGAUAGAGGCAAAAGACUCCCAGGCUUGGAGGGGAAUUCUCAUUGGAUCGACGCUCGGGAUGUAUGCGGCCUCCAUCGCCAUGACCAUUAUCCAGUACAUCUUCUUUGCAGCCGGCGGCUGCUCCAUGAACCAAACCGCCAUCACCCUCAACUUGAUUUUUCUUCUCGUCGUUUCGGCCGUCUCCGUUCACCCCGCGGUCCAGGAAUACAAUCCCAAGGCUGGUCUCGCUCAGUCCGCCAUGGUCGCGGUCUAUUGCACAUACCUUACGAUGUCCGCUGUCUCCAUGGAGCCAGAUGAUAAGCACUGUAACCCCCUCAUCCGAGCUGGUACCCGAGGAACACGAACGACCUCGAUCGUUAUUGGUGCGGUUGUCACGAUGUUGACUGUCGCAUACACAACCACCCGGGCUGCUACACAAGGAGUCGCCCUCGGAGGCAAGGGAAAGAGUAUCAGACUACCAGAUGAAGAUGAGCACAACUUGGUCACCCAACAGCCGGACAGCCGUCGUGAAAUGCGCGCGGCAGCAUUGCGCCAAGCAGUCGAGGAGGGAAGUCUUCCAGCAGAUGCCCUCCUUGAUGACGACGACGACAGCGACAACGGAGCCGAUAGUCCCAAGGACGACGAACGCAACUCCACACAGUACAACUAUACCCUCUUUCAUGUUAUCUUCUUCCUCGCCACCACCUGGGUCGCCACACUGCUCACGAUGAACAUGGAAGAGUCGACGAAAGAUGGCAUCGAUUUUGCGCCCGUGGGACGAACAUACUGGGCUAGUUGGGUCAAGAUUGUCAGCGCAUGGGUUUGCUACGUGAUUUAUACGUGGACUUUGGUAGCGCCCAUAGUCCUGCCAGAUAGAUUCGACUUCUCGGAGUAG